AGGAAGCAGGAGCACGGCAAAUCAGAACUCAGGGUGGGAAGAGGAGCGUGAGUCGCCUGCAGUUGUUCGUUUUCUUUAAAAGCAUAAAUUUGGCUGUACAUAAUGGAAGAUGAGUACUAUUUGGAACUCUGUGAUAAUCCUGUACAGUUUGAGAACGCGUCUAGUGUGAACAACGUAUUUUUUGAUGAGGCCAAUAAGCAGGUCUUUGCGGUGAGAUCUGGAGGUGCAACAGGUGUGGUGGUGAAAGGCCCAGAUGACAAAAAUACAGUUGCUUUUAGAAUGGAUGACAAAGGAGAGGUGAAGUGCAUCAAAUUCUCCUUUGGAAACAAGAUUUUGGCAGUGCAGAGAACGUCCAAGUCUGUGGACUUCAUUAACUUCAUUCCAGAUUUGCCACACUUGGAAUAUUCUCAAGAAUGCAAGACCAAGAAUGCCAAUCUUCUAGGAUUCUGUUGGACAAACUGGAAUGAGAUUGUCUUUAUUACAGACCAAGGAAUUGAGUUCUAUCAGGUUUUGGCAGAGAAACGCAGUUUAAAACUUUUGAAGAGUCAGAGCAUUAAUGUCAAUUGGUACAUGUACUGUCCCGAGACAUCAGUUAUUUUAUUAUCAAUUACAGCUGCAGGAAAUGUACUUCAGCCUUUUCUUUUUAGGAAUGGAGCAAUGUCAAGAAUGGCAAAGUUUGAAAUAGAACUACCAGCUGUCCCUAAGCCAGCAAAAUCUAGUCUUUCAGAAAGAGACAUUGCUGUUGCCACCAUUUAUGGCCAGCUUUAUGUUAUGUACUUGAAACAUCAUUCCAGAGCUUCCAACCAUGCAGGUGCAGAAGUGGUACUUUACCAUCUACCCAGAGAAGGCAGCUGCAAGAAAAUGCAUGUCUUAAAACUGAAUACCACUGGAAAGUUUGCUUUGAAUGUUGUUGAUAAUUUGGUAGUUGUCCACCACCAGAGCUCACAGACAUCUUUGAUAUUUGAUAUCAAGCUACUAGAUGGGGAUGCCAUUCCUACCAUUCAUCAACCAGUGCUUCCAGCUCGUUCAAUCCAUCCUUAUAAGAUUCCACAGAUAGGACCAGCAGCUGUUGCUUCACAGACACCUGUGCCAUGUGAGCUCUAUUCUUCUACUUGGAGUGUCUUCCAGCCUGAUAUUAUCAUCAGUGCCAGUGAAGGCUAUCUGUGGUAUUUGCAAGUAAAGUUGAAACCUGCUCUCAGGCUUUUAAAAGACAAAGGAAGGCUGAUGGACUUCCUUCUGCGGAGAAGAGACUGCAAGAUGGUGAUCCUAUCUGUGUGUUUCCAAAUGUUAAAUGGAGAAGAGAAAGACAGUCUUGCAGUUAUUGCAACUGUGUUUGAUAAACUGAACCAGGUGUACAAGGAGUUUCUGGAGAUGGAUCAGAGCUACACUAUGGCGAUGGAGUCAGGUUUGACUCGUGGCAACACAUCACAGAAGAGGCCAGUUCGCACACAAGCAGUCAUUGACCAGUCGGACAUGUACACACAUGUGUUGUCAGUUUUUACUGAAAAGAAGGAUGUGUCUCAUAAAUUCAUAACUGCUGUGUUGAUGGAGUAUAUCCGGUCUCUGAACCAGUUCCAGAUUACAGUACAGCACUACCUGUAUGAGCUGGUCAUCAAAACGUUGGUCCAGCAUAACCUCUUCUACAUGCUGCACCAAUUUCUUCAGUACCAUGUACUCAGUGACUCUAAGCCAUUGGCUUGUCUUCUACUGUCCCUUGAAAGCACAUACCCACCAGCUCAUCAGCUGUCUUUAGACAUGUUAAAGAGAUUAUCCACAGCCAAUGAUGAGAUAGUAGAAGUACUGUUGUCAAAGCACCAAGUUUUGGGUGCCCUUCGCUUUAUCAGAAGUGUUGGUGGACAUGACAAUAUAUCUGCCCGUAAGUUCCUUGAUGCAGCAAAGCAGACACAGGAUGAAAUGCUCUUCUACACGAUCUUCAGGUUUUUUGAACAGAGAAACCAAAGGUUACGUGGAAAUCCUGCUUUCACACCAGGUGAACACUGUGAGGAACACUUGGCCUAUUUCAAGCAAGUUUUUGGGGAGCAAGCACUCAUGAAGCCUAUCUCACAGUAGAUGGUUAGCUCUGACCUUGUUGUUAUUUACAAAAUCCACUGUACAAAAAUUAAUUUAUUCUGAUAUCAAACAGCAUGUCCUUGUUUGUUUUGCUUGCACUUAAUAAAAUUGUUUAUGUACAUAAUAAGCAUUUUGUACAAG